GUCUUGAUCCACCUUGACCAGAGACACGUCUGCCUGUGCUUGGUAGCAUGGUGCCGGAAGAUGAUCGGUGAAGUAUACAAGGUACUGGUCCGAAUGACCUAUGUGUCGUUGAAAUUUAACAGAGGAUACGACACCCACAUAAAAGGUGCCCCUAAUAAAAGUUAGAAAAUGCCCCAAGUUAAAAUCCUGGGAGCGGAACGAUCGUGGCCAGAAUCUUGGAAAUCUUCGUAUCUGGUAAGGCCUAUACUGACCAAGCCCAAUUACUAAAAUUAACCGGCCCAGGUAGCAAAAUCCAAGUUGAGUGGAGUAUAUACUCUAGUGCUCCGUACUUUCUUCUUCCUCUCUCGAUCAUUCCGAAGCUGGAUCCGAUGGAUGGAUUAACGGAUGAUGCAUGCAUGGAUCCGAGGCAGUAGUCGAAGAAGGAAGACUCGGCCAAGUCCACGGCCCGAUCUCUGCUCCUGCCCAUGCAUUGCUCAUCCAUGCUGCCUUGCCUUUAUUUAUAUACCAUCUGCUCUCACAAGUCAUAACCACCAAGCCAGUUAAUCAGUUACUGCACGCCGAGUCUGUUCAUCAAUGGCCGCCGAGGUGCUGGUCGGAGCGGAGCGCCGCGUCCUCAUCAGCGCCGCCGCCAUCCCCACGCCGCCUCCUCCGCCGCCGGAGAGCCUGCUCGGCCGCCUCGACCAGAUCGACCUACGGCUGAGGCAGCUGGAGGAGGAGCAGCGGCGGCGGCCCUCCUCGGCCUCGCCGGACGCCGCCGCCAACUCCGGCCGCGGCCGCGCGCACCACCACCAGCACAGCAAGUCGAUGCCGUCUUCGGCGGCAAUGCACCACCAACAGCAGCAGGUGCUGAUCAGGGGCAAGCUCAUGGACCGCCUGGACCUGCUCGAGUCGCGCAUCCGGCAGCUCGGCUCCGAGCUCGACCUCGGCGACAACGGCAACGGCAACGGCAAGGCCCCCGCGGAGGACCGCGCGUGGUCCGAGCCGCCGCCGCUGCCGGAGCCAAGGGGAGACCCGCGCGCGCGCCCCGCGGCGGCGGCGAGCUGGAGCGCCGUGCAGAUCCUGCAGCGCGGCGCGCGCCAGCUCCACCACCGCAACAACGGCAAGCCCAGCCCCGCCAAGAAGGUGAAGAAGCUCAAGGAGGCCAAGUGCGCGUGCGAGGAGGAGAAGAGGAAGGCGGAGCGGAGCGGCAGCAGAGCAUCUGGCCGGAGGUGGUUCACCGUCGGAUGCUGAUCGAUCAGCACAGAAGCUACGGAUCAACUCAUUUCGAUGAAUGCUAUGGAUAUCCGUCCUCGAUUAGAAAUCUACUCUCUAUUAUUGUAGUAGUAUUUGUUUUCCAAAUUUUGUUUUCUGAAUUGUGGAUCAGUAUAUAUAUUUAUACUAGCUACUCUAUAUGAAUAUUGAUUAAUUUCUCAUAUUUGUAAGUGUGUAGUAGCACUGUGUAGCCUCCAUGUACGGUAGGAUCGUUUGCCACUUUGCCCUGUGAUAAUUAAUUAAUCUUAGAUCGAUUUAUUUC